CACACCACCAAGUUCCGGACACGCGCAUCUCCAACUGGACUUUAUGCAACGUUUACAAUUAUGCACUUUUUCUAUUUCGCGCUUGUUGCGCAACAGAACUUACGGAUCCUUUGAAGCCUUGGUCUUUACUGUCUGUUUGGUAUACAACAUAAUUUACGCAUUUGAAGGUGAAACCUGCGCUUACUUUGGUAUGGAGGCACUGCAGAGGCAAGAUGAGUUCUGAUACAGAUCAUGCCGCGAACUUCUUAAGCAAUGCGUCCUCCGAACUGUCCGAUGUCUCCAAUUCGAGCUCUUCUGGAAACGGGACCGCACCGAGCUCGUUCAGCCUCAGCCGCGCGCUUCCACUGGGCAUGGUUCUGGGCGCUUUUAUUGUGUUUGCUAUCGUGGGCAACAUCCUCGUUAUUCUCUCCGUGGUGUGCAACAGGCACCUGCGUAUCCCGACCAACUACUUCAUCAUUAAUUUAGCGAUGGCAGACCUGUUGCUGAGCACAACUGUCCUGCCGGUGUCCGCCACGCGUGAAAUCCUCAAUUACUGGGUGUUCGGGAGGAUCUUCUGUGACAUCUGGGCUGCGGUGGACGUGCUGUGCUGCACCGCGUCCAUCAUGAGCCUGUGCGUGAUCUCCAUCGACCGCUACAUCGGGGUGCGCUACCCGCUGCAGUACCCGAGCAUUGUGACCGAGAAGCGGGCGCUCUUGGCCAUGCUCGGUGUUUGGGUUCUCGCCUUCGUCAUCUCCAUAGGACCCCUGCUCGGGUGGAAAGAACCCCCUUCAGAUGAUGACACCGUGUGCCUCAUCACAGAGGAGCCGUUUUACGCGCUCUUCUCCUCGCUGGGCUCCUUCUACAUCCCGUUAGCGGUGAUUCUGGCCAUGUACUGCCGCGUCUACAUAGUUGCCAAAAGAACCACGAAAAACCUGGAGGCCGGAGUGAUGAAGGAGCGCAUGGACUCCAACGAGCUGACGCUCCGGAUUCAUUAUAAAGGCUCUCAGACGCAGGAGGACUGCAGCAAAGGCCACUUGAGGAGCUCGCUGACAGUCAAAUUACUCAAGUUUUCCCGAGAAAAGAAAGCUGCUAAAACGCUUGGUGUUGUUGUGGGCAUGUUCAUUCUGUGCUGGUUACCAUUUUUCCUCGCGCUACCCAUAGGGUCAUUCAACACCAAUCUCCGUCCUCCUGAAACCUUCUUCAAAGUGAUCUUCUGGCUGGGCUACUUCAACAGCUGCCUUAACCCCAUCAUUUACCCGUGCUACAGCCGCGAGUUCAAGCAGGCCUUCAUCCGGAUCCUCCGCUGUCAGUGUCAGCAGAAGAAGCAGCAGGGCUGGAGGGCGUACAACUACCGAGUGCCGACCGCCAACCACGUCUACUCAGACACCAGCUCCAUCUGCAUGAACGGCAGCCUGCAGACCCUGGCUCCAUCGCAACCCAGCCCCACGUUAUUCAGCAGAGUCGUGGGCUCCCGUCCUGCAUCAGGUCUCCUUCCAGGCUGGGGCCCUUGCACCUCCUCGUCCUCCUCGUCCCUCUCUGGGAGCCCGUUUCCUGGUAUGAUGAGGUCCGGCUCUCAGGCCACAAGUCCCUGUAAGUCCAACAGGAUGGCUUUGCUCUUUCCCAAUGGACAGAAUGGGAAGCGAGAGGGAGAGCACGGGGUCAUUUCUAGACACACACCUGAGACUACAAUAUAGCUGGGUGUAAAUGAUGACUUUUCCAGCAGUCUGGAUGACAUGUUGUUCUUUGUAGACAUGAAAAGCAUUGCGGAUUUUGGCAAGCAUGUCUAUGUUAUGUCAUUCGAGCGUAGCUAUGUAAAGGAUAAUGCAGGGCCAUAACAGACAAUGAUGACUUAAGUAGAUAUAACCGAACAGAGACCGCCUCCCACACACAUCCCCCUGCCUUUUUUAUAUGGAUGCUUCAUUUGUUUUAGGGUCUAAAGUCUAAAUUAUUCUUGUUUAGUUUUUUAGGCGUACAUGAUAGUUUGUUGCAUGCGAUUAAUGAAUUUCUUCAUCAGACCAGUAGGUAUGUAUGGUAUGAGCACCAUAAACAGGGUUAUUAAAUGUCUGCUUAUACAUAACAAAAUAUACUUUAUGUAAAGGGAUUAGUUCACCCAAAACUGAAAAUUCUAAACCCCUGAGAGCUUCAUUUAGAACACAAAUUAAGAUAUUUAAGAUGGAAUCAAAGAGUUCUCUGAUCCUCCCCAGCAAGCAUUUUUUUAAAGAUGUCUAACAGAUGUCUAAUAGACAUCUAAACAAAGUCAUCUUGGCUAAAACGAGGCUAAAUUUUGGGCUGUCAGUCAAAAUCUAAUAGACGUCUAAGAAUAGGCCAAAACUAAACUACACAUAUAAAGUCUGUCUAAUCUGUCUAUUUAAUGAUUAGACUAGUUUUGGAUUAUUCUUAGAAUGUCUUAGAUUGUCACUGACCGAUCAAGUUUAGCCUUGUUUUAGCCAAGCUGUCUACGUUUCGAUGUCUAUUAGAUGUCUAUUAAACCCAAAAUUGUUUGCUGGGUCCACACUGUAAAAAAAAGCUGGGUUCCGCACAACUGAAAGAAAUUAAGUUAACUUAUUAGUUUUUACAAAUUUAAGUGGAUUGAAUAUAAAACCAUUAAAGUUCUCCCAAUGAAAUGUCAAGAAUUGUGACGUUUCAACUCAUUUAAAUUUAAUAGUUUGAACAAGCAACACAUUUUUUUGAGUGCAUAGACAGGAAUAGUCCAGAGAAGUUCAAAGUCCAGAAAAGGAAUCAAAAAUAUUGUCAAACGUUCCAUGUGACUUCAGUGGUUCAGCUGUAAUCUUAUUUUUUGAGUUCCAAACAAACCAUUAUCAACUUUGUUCACCUGCUCUUCAUGUCAGAUUACACUGUAAAAAAUGGCAAUCAAAUUGUGUUGUGACAACAUGAACGCUAACUAAUUUAAGUGGAUUGAACAUAAAACAAUUACGU